AUGGGUGUUGACUCGAACAAGCCUCCUCCACUUCCUGCCCCGACCGAAACCGACUCCGUCACCCCCACCGAGCUGGAGACCAAUGUGUCCAGGCCAAACGACGAAGCUUCCCACUACUCUUUGCCUGACGACGGCACACCCGUCACCAUAAAAACUCGCGGUCACAGCGCCAACCGUUCCCAGACGUCGCUCCUCAUUGAGUAUUUCGAGGGUGGCAAGCCUGGCCCCGAGGGAACAGUCGAACGCAAACCCAGCGUCCGCGUGCGCCUGACCCCGUCCAAGAAGCACCGCGGCGACCACAUCCAAAUCACCGAGACCAGAAGCAACACCCGCAAGACCUCACUGACCCGCCGUGUGCCUGCGCCGUCCACCACAGGAACCUCCUCGCACCUCGACGUUGAAGCUCUCGAGGGCGAGGACGCCGACAGCAUGCGGUCCUACGCCUCCGCUACCGAGGAGUCCAAUGUGUCGAGAAACCCAAUCGACAUAGAAAUUGACCGCGGCGGACGGCGUCGUCGGCCGGCUAGUCCUCUGAUUCCCGAUGCUGAUGCUCAGUCUUCUUACCUGGCUCCCAACAUGUCCGACAUCUCGGCAAUUCCCCAGGACAGCUUCCUCGAUGGAAAUUCUGGCUCAACCGUACUAACAAAGAACUCUGAAAGGCGUAGUAAGAGCACGUCGCGGGGUAAUGAGCUGGCGGCCGGUGUUACAGGCGCAUUGGCCGGCGCCGCAAUAGCUGAUCAUGCAAAGAGCAGCAGGAGCAAAAGACACAGCGGCGAAAGGAAAGUGUCGGGGGAAAGAUCCUCAAGAGACAAAGAUCGCAAGCACCGUUCGAGCAAGAGUCGGACAAGCAGUGUCAGCGAGAAGCAAUCGGAAGGAACGCGAUCACCCCGACGACGUUCCAGUCGGGGCCAUGUUGAUUCUGUUUUAUCUGGGGCAGAUUCCAGUCUUUUAUCAUCCAGCAUUUCUCCCAGCCACCGUUCCUACGACCAAAGCUCAGUUCGCUCCGGAGCUUCCAAAUCGUCCAUCAAUAAUCCGAAAUUACUCGAAACGGUGGAGGAUGCCAUUCGUCGACUUAUCCUGCCGGAACUGAGCGCAUUGAAGAGAGAGCAGAGCAAGCGCGAAAGCCGCCGCAGCUCCGUUACAUCAACCGGAACAGGGACGUCUCUUUCUCGCGAAGAUCUGGGCGUAGACAGACGCAAGUCCGCCGAUAAGCGUAGCGAAGCCGGUCGCGACAGCCGGCAUCGGGAACGCAGAGACCGAGAAGCUCGCCACGACUAUGUUGACUCUCCCCGAAGUGUUGCAGGCGAAUCGGUUGAAGAAUCUUCCAUUGUCUCCGUCGAUGAUACCCCGCGGCGAAGCGAUGGCGCGCUCAAGGCCGCCGUUGGAGGUGCGGCAGCAGCUGGGCUCGCCGCUGCUGCAAUGAACGCAGCAUCACCGUCAUCCGAGGAUAGAAGGCAGCGGAGGCGCCGGCGCGCUGAUGGUUCAGCUCGAAGCAGAAGUGUAGGCCGCGAGAAGUACGACGAAGAGUUCCACGAGGAAGAGGUCCCCGCCCCGCCAAUGCCGUUAAUGAGCGAGAUCAAUCCCUCCGAAAUGACGCGAACCUCAAUUCUUUCGGCUGAUACCGAUCGGCCCCAUUCCGCCAUGGAGGAGAGAGCUUCUGUCCAGGAGAUUGCCCGGGGCAACGCCUCCCUCGGCUCCUCGCCUACGCCAACGCAACCAGCACCAAUAACCAAUUUGCAGCAGACUCUAGGCACGAAGCACGCCAAUAUUUCUCAUGGCGAUUUGAGAGAACUCUCUCGGACACGGACGGGAGAUUUCUUGGAGCAGAGCGAGUUAUCGGAGAUCAGCCAAAGCCCUUCUUCACAAAUCCGCGAUGAAUAUGACGACUACGAUGAUCGAAGCCGUCUUACGGAGAGCGAAGCCGACUACGUGGACUCUGGCGAUUACGACUACUACAACACGCAGGAUGUGCCGCCCCCGUUGAAAUAUGUUCCUUAUCAACCAGAGCGGCGUGGGCUGAGCCCGAUCUACAGUGUGUCCGGCUACACGGAGGCUGGUAGCGAAACGGCUGCCCAGCGUGACUCUAGGAUGUCGCAUGGGACCGCGUCGCCUACCAAGUCUCAAGCGUCUCACACCGAUCUGAGAGCCUUCUCUCCAGCUUCAGUGCCAAGCAAUGUGAUGAGUCGGGGCUUCGAUGAGCAGUCCGUGGAUGAUCGCAGCGUCAGAAGCAGCGGGCAAGACUACCGUAAUAGUCAGUACACGGAGGGCAGCGAAAUCGGAACUUCGACCGGCCAGGCCGUUCGCGGUAUUGCUGCGAACCCUAACAUCAUCCAUGUGCCAAAUGGGGUCGAGUCCAAUGUAGCUUCACUCGUUGACGGCUCAAUGCUCGAGUCUCAACUCACCACGGGUUCCGGAUACGACUAUAGGGACUCCCAGGUAUCGUACGGCAACGAAUCCAAUGUUUCGUAUGGACCGGACUCGUACGUUUCGUACGCCAAAGACUCCAAUGUCUCCUACGAUGACCAGUCCAACAUUCAGCCCCGUUCGCGGGACGUCAGCCCAGAAAAGCGAUCUGUUGCCUCCCAGCGGGAAUUCUUCGAGCAACGUGAGCGCGAGAGCAGCCGCACCCCGACUUCGAGCCGCCAGAGCCACCGAUCAAGAGAGUUUGCUGGAGAGUACGACCUUGACGAGUAUGGAAGAAAGGUUGCUCCUGCUAGGUACAGGAACUCACCUUCUACGUCUACACGGCACUCACCCACUGCCUCUGAAAAGGCAAUUGCCGCGGGAGCUGUCGGUGCAGCAGCUGCUGCUCUCAAGGCUGCCAAGGACAAGACGAAGCAACCGACCGUGGAGGAGGUUGACGAGGAGCAUGCUGAAGAAUGGAUUCCUGAAGGCGUCACGAGGAACAAGUCUUUCAAGCAGCGAGCGAUGGAGGGCCGCGAGCCUGCAAACACCCCGGCGCACAGUGUUGACCGUCUUGACCUUGAGGACAAGCCCAAGAUGGGUGCUAGUGCCAUGCCGACCUUUGACGAUCCAAUGCCCGAGGUUGGCUACGUGGACGACGAUGCUCUGACCAACCCGUCGCUGGUCCGCGAGCCGCUCGGGGGCAGCGACCACAACGAUGGGGACCACUGGCCGGGCGACAUCACCCCUCGCCAAGGCACGCCCCGCCAGAGCGACUACGACCAAUCUUUCGAGGAGUACAACUCGGAAAAGCACAGCCCGCGCGGUCACGGUGGUUAUGGGAUGGCCGCUGCCGGUGCCGCCAUGGGUGCCGCCGCUGGUGCAGCCAUGGCCCACCAUCGACAAGCAAGUGGAGAGCAUGAGGACGAGUGGCGGCGCACGUCGGCUGAGCGAAAGCGUGAUACCGUCAUUACGAAUCCUUAUGAUGGCGCGAGCCCCGUUGAUCACCCGGACCUACUCGGUGGCAGAGGAUUCGAAGACUAUGCUGCUGGGUACCACGCGAACAGUCCGGGUGGGCACAAGAAUCUAGAUGAGGGUUACAUCUCACAAGGUCCCAUUCACUCGCCCAAUAUGCAGCCCACUAGCAAGGCCAUGAUGCCCUUUGGCGAUAUGAACACGGAAGACCCUUUCUACGCACCUCAACACUCACGGCACCUGAGUGGUCUUUCCCAGGGCAUGAACUCGCCGCUGUAUGAUGCUGCCACUGGCAACGGUAUCGACAGAAUCGAAUCCAAGGACAUUAUUGCUUUGAUGCAACAUCUCAUGGUCCGCGAUGCUCAACGAAGCGCUCGUGACACGGAGAUUCUCGUCACGCUGGUCCGCUCUGCGGCUGAAAUGCGCAACUCUUUUGAUGACCUCAAGAAACUUCUAGCCAACACCGAGGACGUUAUCAUCAAGGAGGUUCAGGAGAAUACUGACGAAACGGUCAAGAACGCCGUCGCCGGUUCCCGUGCUUACCCCGGUAGUCUUCCUCGCUCUAUCAAAGGCUACAGCGCUGCCUCUCAGAACAGCACCCUCGAUGAUACCGCCAAGAAGACCAACUUCUUCCGCAAGGCGCUCAAGGGCCUCGGCAACAAGGGCGCCAACGAUCUCAGCAGAAUCGAGGAUAUGCUCAUGCAGCUACUGGGUGAGGUUGAUACACUCAAAGCACAGACCAUGAGACCCGGCAUGGUUAGCGGCCGGCCAUCUUACGAGAACCUCACCCCGGAGAUGCAGUAUGAGCAAGAUCGGGGCUACGAGCCCGAAGGUCAGGCUGGCACCUCCAGUACUAGCCAGGGCAGUCACUCUGGGAUGUCAUCAUUUGCUCAAUCUCGCGGCCCUUCCAAGAUGGCCUACGAACCCAACCGUAUCAGCACCGUCCACGAAGAUAAUGAGGAGGAUUACAUCUCCCAGAACAAUUACCAUGAGCCACAGGGUAUGCUUACGCCGACCCGCGAGUUCCAGCGUGGCGGUUCCGUGCCCUUGGGCACCCCUCCCCAGCCCAUGGCCGCUCAGAACGCAUCGUUGAGCAAUGAAAACACCCCAAAGACGGACAAGGGCAAGAAGCACAAGAGAGGAUCAUCGAGUUGGUUCCCCAAGAUUUCUCGGUGGUCUGAGUCGACGGCUACAAGCGUGAGCAAGGCUUUCCGUGGCAGCGGCUCGAGUAAGAAGGAACACGAUGACGAAUUCCUGCAACACCCUCCGUCCCGAUCUGGAUCAGAUCUCCGAUACGAUGACCGAUACCAGAAUGAAUUUGGUGGCAGUGACCAACUGCACUCUGGUUUCUCCCAGCAGGAUCUCGCAGCUCCUCAACCCCUGCACCUAGAGCCUCCUACCACCUACAUGACCCCGGAGGACCCUAAGUACAAGGCGCACCGCAACUCGGUCAAUCUUCAACACCCCCAGCCUCGUCAAGGACAAACUGAGAGGUUCAAGGCUAACCUCGAAAGCCAAGCAUACGACUACGACACACCAAUGUCCCCCAGAUCUGCAGACUGGGCAGGCUCGGCCACUAGCUUGCACCGCUUCCCCCCAAAUGCCAAUAGCUAUAGCAAUAGCAAUGGCUCCCCCGCGACGGGUGGUGACUACUAUACCUCCUCCCCCGCCGGCCCGCCCAGGCCGCCUAAGGAGCCCAUGGAUGAGAUGACCCACACGCCCGCCAAGAAGCGCAUCUCCAACUUGGCCUUGAAGAGCAGUCCCCUUCCUUACAACAGUGUUGAGAGUGGCUACGGUACCGGCCCUGGCACACAUGCCGCCAGUACUAGCAACUACACCGGCAGCCCGAAGCCGGAGAACCGCAACCUCAGCGGUGCCCGUGGCAUGCCUGCGCGUAGGCCUUCCGGGCCCCGGGCCAUGACCCCCAAGAGUGCGGAGGAAGAAGCCGCCAGAGAAGAGCGACGUCGCAAGAGAGGUGAGCACGCUCUGUCAACAGCAAUUCGAUCCACAAGCUAA